AUGUGUGACCAGCAGCAGAUACAGUGUUGCCUGCCACUCCCCCAGUGCUGUGUCAAGGGUUCCUCUUUCUAUGCCAACGGCCAGUCCCCCUAUGCCAACAGCCAGAUGGUGAUCCAAGCCCCUUGUGAGAUGCAAAUUGUGGAGUGCCCCACACUAUGCCCAGUUCAAGUUUCCCAGGCUCCAUGCCAGUCUAAGACUACCGAAGUGAAAUGUCAGGCUCCCUGCAAGUCUAAGACCACCCAGGUGAAGGGCCAGGCUCCCUGCAAGUCUAAGACCACCCAGGUGAAGGGCCAGGCUCUCUGCACGUCUAAGACCACCCAGGUGAAGGGCCAGUCUCCCUGCCAGGCUCCAGUUGCCUGUGUUCAGUGCCAGGCUCCUUGCCAAUCGGAGGUGUCCUACAUGCAAUGUGAAGUCCCACACCCUAUUCAGACUUGCUAUGUAGAAUGUGCUCCAGUUUGUUAUACAGAAACACGUUACGUGGAGUGCCCAGUCCAGACCUAUGUACCCUAUGCAGUGCCUCAGCCUGUCCACACGUAUGUAGAAUGUCCCCCAGUGCGCCAGGCUCAGGGAAGAUUCUCCACCCAGGCCCAGUAUCAGGGAUCAUACGGCAGCUGCGCCCCGCAACGCCAGCCCCAGGCUUCCUACAGCAGCUGCAUCCCCCAGCACCAGUCCCAGGCUGCCUAUGGCAGCUGCGCUCCCCAAAGACAGUCGAGGCCUUCGUUUAGCUCCUUUGAACCCCAGUGUCAGAACCAGGGCUACUAUGGCAGCUUCACUGGGCAGCGUCGAUCUCAGAGUGCCAGCAGGUGCCUCCCUCCUCGUCGGCUGCAGCCUUCUCCUCGGAGCUGUUCCCCACCACGCCGCUCUGGGCCCUGUUACAGCAGCUGCCUGCCAUCAAGAUGCUCGUCCGGCUCCUACAACUACUGCACCCCACCCCGCCGCUCUGAACCCAUCUACGGCAGCCGCUGUCCUCGAGGCCCUCCUCCCAGCUGCUCUCAGAGACGCGGACCCAAGUGCCGCAUAGAGAUUUCCUCGCCCUGCUGCCCCAAGCAGGUUCCCCCACAGAGGUGUCCUGUGCGGAUUCCCCCCAUCAGAGGCUGCUCCCAGAGCUGUGCCCCCCAGUCCUCCUGGGGUGCCUCCUGUCCGGAGCUGAGACCACGUGUAGAGCCGCGUCCACUGCCAAGCGCCUGUCCUCCACGCCGUCUUGAGCAGUGUCCGGAGCCCUCACGGCAGCGAUGCCCACGUCCUGCCCCACGUCAGUAUCCACGUCCAGAACCCCUCCCGCGUCCUCCAGCACGGCAGUGUUCAGAGCCUUCUUUGUAUCCAGAGCCAUGUCCAGCGCCACGCCCUCAUCCGGUGCGGUGUGAGAGUCCAGAACCACGCCCUCAUCCGGUGCGGUGUGAGAGUCCGGAGCCACGCCCUUAUCCACAGCCCUGUGAGCGCCCAGAGCCUUGUGCGUUUCCAGAGCCCAUCCCCCUUCCAGCGCCCUGCUCAAGCUCAGAGCCAUGUGGAGAGCUUCCACGCUGCCCCAGCCCCUGUUCAUUCCCAAAUCCAAGCUCAUGCCCACAAGACCUAGGCUGCAAUGAGUCCGAUCCAUGCCGUCUAGACACCGAGGCUCCCGGCUGUGGCCCGUCGAGUUACCACCAAGGGCAAGAGAGCGGUGCUGGCUGUGGAGCUGCUGAGCUGUUUCCAGAGCCUUGGGGUCCGGGGGGUUGUGGAGACCAAGGGAACGCCCCUGCUGGAGUGAAAGGUGGGACUUGCCUUGGAGCGAAAGGCGCCUAUUUUUAA